AUGGCAUUAGUCGAAAUCGAGGCGCAGCCAUCUAUCUAUCUAUCUAUCUAUCUAUCUAUCUAUCUAAUUCUGUUGAUAUCUAUCUAUGCAUAUACUAUCCACGCUUUCCUUCCUUUCUUUCUUUCUUUGUUUCUUUGUUUGUUUGUUUGUUUCUUUCUUUCUUACUUUCUUUCUUUCUACCCACUCCCUCACUCUUUCUUCAGAAUUUCCCGUUCCUUUCUUUAUUUUCUUAAUGUCAUCACUCCUUUUUUAUUUGCUAGUAGCUACCCACGCCUUUCUUUCUUUCUUUCUUUCUUUCUUUCUUUCUUUCUUUCUUUCUUAAUAUAUACCCACUCCCUCACUUCAGAAUUUCCCGCUCCUUUCUUUAAUUUCUUAAUGCCAUCAUUCCUUUUUUCUUUGCUAAUAGCUUUCUUUCUUUCUUUCUUUCUUUCUUUCUUUCUUUCUUUCUUUCUUUCUUUCUUUCUUAAAAUACAAUUAAAAUUAUCAUUGAUUAAUUCUGUUUCUUUCUUUCUUUCUUUCUUUCUUUCUUUCUUUCUUUCUAUCUAUCUAUCUAUCUAUCUAUCUAUCUAUCUAUCUAUCAGAGAGACAGCUUCGAGGACAAUUAUUGUAAAAGAAUGA